GACAACAGGUAAGACCACCCUCUUUACAAAAUCCUCCAUCAUAGCCAAAUUCCACUCUUGCUGCAGACAAGGACACUACAGGACAUCAGGAGACUGGAGGAGGCACAGACACCAUGGCAACUACCUCAACUCAGAAUGUGGAGUUUGUGCGGACCGGCUAUGGCAAGAAUCUGGUCAAGGUGCUGUUUAUCAGACGAGAGGGAACUCACCACUACAUCACUGAGCUGACGGCUAAUGUGGAGCUCACCCUCAAGUCCCGCAAGGACUACUUGACCGGUGACAACUCAGACAUCAUCCCUACUGACACUGUCAAGAACACUGUCCAUGCACUGGCUAAGCUGAAGGGAGUUUUGACCAUAGAGCAGUUCGCCAUGGACAUCAGCAAACAUUUCAUGACAGCUUUCAAACAUGUGACCAGGGUAAACGUGAAGAUUGAGGAGGCACCAUGGAGGAGACUGGAGAAGAAUGGUGUCGAGCAUGUACAUGCAUUCAUCUACAGCCCUGAAUCCUGGCGCUUCUGUGAAGUCGAACAGAAUCAUAAUGAGAGCCCUAUUCUUCACAGUGGCGUGAAAAACAUGAAGGUGCUGAAGACCACUCAGUCUGGCUUUGAGGGCUUCUUCCGAGACCGCUUCACCACUCUACAGGAGGCCAAGGACAGGUGUUUCUGUACCUCUGUCUACGCCAGGUGGCGCUACAACAAGGUCCAAAAUGUCAACUUUGACAGUGCAUGGAACUCUGUCAAGGAGACAAUAAUUGAGAAGUUUGCUGGCCCAUACGAUCGUGGAGAGUACUCUCCCUCUGUGCAGAAAACCCUCUACGACACACAGGUCAUAGUCCUGGAUAGGGUGCCUGAGAUUGAAGAGAUUGAGAUAGUCAUGCCUAACCAACAUUAUUUCACCAUUGACAUGACGAAAAUGGGUCUCACCAAUAACAAUGAAGUUCUUCUGCCAUUGGACAAUCCUUCAGGUAACAUCAUGGGCACAGUACGCAGGAAGCUGCAAGCAAAGCUAUGAAAAGGAACACAAAGCUACCCGAAAAUACUUUAAUCACAGUGA